CAACCAUCAUACUCUAACUAAGUUUUAUUUAAAUUUGAAAAGAAAAUAAUAAAUUAAUUAUAUUAUUACAACAAACGAUAUCAAAUAUCGUAACUUUUUCUUUUUAUUAUUACAGAGCUAUAAAAACAACACUUUUUAUUCGUCAUUUUACAAUGGCACCAAAAACGACGACUUCAUCUCAUCGGCAAGCAGCUGCUUUUAAUGGGGUCCCCAUUGUACUUUUAUGCCUACUAUUCACCUGUUGCACAUUGUUCACAACCUGCUCUGGUCAUGGAAGACUGAUUGAACCACCAAGUAGAGCAUCAGCAUGGAGAUAUGGUUUUCAAACUCCUCCAGACUAUAACGACCAUGAAUUGUAUUGUGGUGGAUUUACGCGUCAAUGGAAAGGCAACGAUGGUAAAUGCGGAGAAUGUGGGGAUGCUUGGAACUUGCCCGAACCAAGACCGCAUGAAUUUGGUGGCAAAUGGGGUCAGGGAGUUAUUGUACGUAGAUAUAGUCCAGGAUCGGAGAUGGUCAUUAGAGUAGAACUAACCGCUAGUCAUAUGGGAUAUUUCGAGUUUCGAUUGUGCCCAGAACCCAAAGCUAAACAGGAUUGCUUGGAUAAGAAUCUAUUGACCGUUUUAGGUGGAUCACCUGCCAUACCAGCACCAGAAGAUCUAUCAACAAGAUUUUAUCCCAGAAAUGGAAGUAGAAUAUACGAAAUCAAGACUCAAUUACCAGAUAUGAAAUGCAACCAUUGUGUACUCCAAUGGCGUUACAUUGCUGGCAACAAUUGGGGAAUGUGUGACAAUGGAGUUGGUGCGGUCGGAUGUGGUCCACAAGAAGAGUUUCGCGCAUGCUCUGAUAUCGCAAUAGGAGAAGGUGGCAAGACAACAAUGCGUCCGUUCCGGCCAACGAUCAAAACAAAAACCACAACUACAUCUACGCAAUCAUCUUCCACCGAAGAAACCCAAACACAAGCAACAACAAAAGACCAAAAGCCACUGCCCGAAGAGGAAGUUUCACCAUACCUGGCCGUAUUUAUUGUGGCAAUCACUCUUCUCUUUGUCUUAUGCAUCUUGGCCAGUAUUUAUCUAUAUCACUAUCAUGGUCAACGUGUCAAGCAAUUACUACGAUGGAGGAAUGCAAAAGAUGAUAAAAAUGGCAAAGGAGUCACCAAUAUGCAGCAAGCUGCUACAGAAGCUUCUGAUAUUAAAAGUUCGGCCUUGGCUAUGCCACCAAUUCCUCCACCCAGAACCAAAAGACUGUCUCAAUCUCAGGUUAAAGAGUUUUCGGCUGAUCAAUCGAGCGUAGCUUAGUUAACAACAUUAAUUAAAAAGAAAAUUUCGAAUUAUUUAUAACAAUUAUGUUUAAGAUUUUCAUUUGUUUUUACAAAAAAUUACUGCCGCAUAUUUUAUUUAAGUACCUAAAUUACUCAUAAUUACUUUUAAGAUACAAUACAAACCAUUAAAGUGAACAUCUAGACGUUAUAUUUUGUUUUAUGUAUGUUAAUUGUGAUACAACAAAAAAGUACUGAUCUUUAAUAUUCAUGGAAAUAAAAAUUAACCAUACAUUUUAUACAAACGUCA